CCCCACACACCUAAAGAUCCUCGCGUCGGUCGCAUCGGCGGCCUUCCGACCUGCCCGUUGCGCAAUUCGACCCUGCGAUGCGCAAAGCGUCCACCCCCCGCACCCAAGGCGUGCCGGGGCGGAAUCCCAUAAAGAUGUGGAGGGGGUAAGCUUGGAGCUUGGUUGGCCGCUGGGCGACUCUGUUACAUUUGUGAUCCCAUCGGGGCCUGAAACGAAACCCCCAAUCCUCCCUCCUCUCAUCCAUCACCUGUUAAAUAAUAUCUUUGCUUAGGUGUGAGUGAACGCUACGUACACACUCUCAUCAUUCCUACCUACACCUUUACCUACAAUCUCACAUAAUCUUUCUUACUCUUUCACUCACCACCAGCAACAACAUCAUCCUCACAAUCUCCCCUCAUCCCCCGUCGCAUCAAUGAUCAUGCUGCUCCCCCCGCCAAACAAGACCCUCAAGGGCCAUAAGCUUCUCAUCCUCUCCCAGUGGGUGCCGCCGCAGGAGUAUCUCGACCGCCUGCAUGACCAGUUCCCGGACCUCAAGGUCGUCUACCACGAGCUCGGCUGGGCCGACAGGAAGCCCGGCGACGGCUUCAACCCGGACGACUGGAAGGACGUGACGAUCCUGCUGACCGGUAGCGCCCUGCCCACGCCCGAGGCGGCGCCCAAGCUGCACUACGUCCAGCUGCAGAGCGCCGGCGCAAACCACAUCCUCCAGGACCCGUUGUUCAAGGACACGGACGUGAGCUUCUGCACGGCGAACGGUGUUCACGGGCCUCAGAUCUCCGAAUGGAUCAUCACGACGUACCUCUCGUUCCAGCAUCAGCUUCCCAAAUAUAUUGACAACUCUCGCGCGGGCCAUUGGAAGCGCGGCGAUGACUAUGUCGAAGACGCCGUCGGCCGCACAAUAGGAAUCCUCGGCUACGGCAGCAUCGGCAGACAAACAGCACGCGUGGCCACGGCCCUCGGCUUCAAGGUGCACGCUUACACCCUUCACCCGCGCCCGACGCCCGACUCGAGGCGCGAUAACACGUACACGCCGCCCGGCCUCGGCGACCCGGAGGGCAAGUUCCCGUCCAAGUGGUUCUCGGGUGCCUCCAAGGCCGACCUGCACGCCUUCCUCGGCUCCGGCCUCGACCUGCUCGUCGUCGCCACGCCCCUGACGGACAAGACGAGCCACCUGCUCGCAGCGCCCGAGCUCGAGAUCCUGGCUGAGCGGCGGACCUUCAUCUCCAACAUCGCCCGGGGUCCCAUCAUCAACACGGACGACCUGAUCGCCGCCCUCGACAAGGGCACCAUCCGCGGCGCCGCCCUCGACGUCACGGACCCGGAGCCGCUGCCCGACGGCCACCCGCUGUGGAAGGCCAAGAACCUGCUCAUCACGCCGCACAUCAGCGGCCUGUCGACGAGCUACGCGGAGCGCGUCUUGGGGAUCCUGGAGCUGAACCUGCAGAGGCUGAGCGAGGGCAAGAAGCUCACCAACCUCGUCAACAAGAAGGAGGGUUACUAGAUCAAGUGAACAGAGGCGAAGGCAUUCAUUCCGCUAAUGUUUUUAUUACUCGUUCCGCCAUCAGCUAGACGGAAUCUUGUGUACAUAGGCUAUACUCCUGAUGAAAUGCAAUGUGAACUAUCCCAGCGGUACCUCUUGUACGCCACGCCGAUUCAUUUACGCUGUUGAAUCAAUGGCAGUCCUAGCAACAA